AUGGCAGCGGGAGUAGCCGCCUGGCUCCCCUUUGCCCGGGCGGCCGCUAUCGGAUGGAUGCCGGUGGCCAGCCAGCCCAUGCCCGCCGCCCCCAGCGAGAGGAAGCGGCCCCAGGACGGGCUGGUCAUCCUGAAUGUGAGCGGCAGGCGCUUCCAGACGUGGAGGAGCACUUUGGAGAGGUACCCGGACACCCUGCUCGGCAGUUCGGAGAAAGACUUCUUCUACAACGAGGAGAUCCGCGAGUAUUUCUUCGACCGGGACCCUGACAUCUUCAGGAGCAUCCUGAAUUUUUACCGGACCGGCAAGCUGCACUACCCGAGGCACGAGUGCAUCUCGGCGUACGACGAGGAGCUCUCCUUCUUCGGCAUCAUCCCGGAGAUCAUCGGCGACUGCUGCUACGAGGAGUACAAGGACCGAAAGCGGGAAAACAUCGAACGGAUCAUGGACGACGCCGAGGAUGACAUAAGCAGCGAGAACCGGCUGCCGUCCAUGACCGCGCGCCAGAAGGUGUGGCGGGCUUUCGAGAACCCCCACACCAGCACCCUGGCGCUCGUCUUCUACUACGUGACGGGCUUCUUCAUCGCGGUGUCGGUGAUGGCCAACGUGGUGGAGACGGUGCCGUGUGGCUCGCUGCCGGGCAGUGUGAAGGAGUUGCCGUGCGGCGAGCGCUACGCCCUGGCCUUCUUCUGCCUGGAUACAGCGUGCGUCAUGAUCUUCACGGUCGAGUACCUGCUCCGCCUCGUGGCGGCCCCCAGCCGUUACCGCUUCGUGCGCAGCGUCAUGAGUAUCAUCGACGUGGUCGCCAUCAUGCCGUACUACAUCGGCCUGGUCAUGACCGACAACGAGGAUGUCAGCGGCGCCUUCGUCACCCUGCGCGUCUUCCGCGUCUUCAGGAUAUUCAAGUUCUCCCGCCACUCGCAGGGCCUGCGCAUCCUGGGCUACACCCUCAAGAGCUGCGCCUCGGAGCUCGGCUUCCUCCUCUUCUCCCUCACCAUGGCCAUCAUCAUCUUCGCCACCGUCAUGUUCUACGCCGAGAAGGGCUCCUCUGCCACCAAGUUCACCAGCAUCCCGGCAGCCUUCUGGUACACCAUCGUCACCAUGACCACCCUGGGGUAUGGUGACAUGGUACCAAAGACCAUUGCUGGGAAGAUUUUUGGUUCUAUCUGCUCUUUGAGUGGUGUGUUGGUUAUUGCCUUACCUGUCCCUGUGAUUGUCUCAAACUUCAGCCGUAUCUACCAUCAAAACCAACGGGCAGAUAAACGCAAGGCACAGAAGAAAGCCAGACUUGCAAGAAUCCGUGUGGCAAAGAGUGGGAGUGCAAGUGCUUAUAUGCAGAGCAAGCACAAUGGCUUACUAAGUGAUUCAUUGGAGCAGUUGUCUAAUGACGAAGAACAAGCCCUAGUUAGCAAGUCAGGGUCUUCAUUUCAGAGGCAACAUCACCAUCUGUUACACUGUUUGGAAAAAACUACGGGAUUGUCCUAUCUUGUGGAUGAUCCCCUCUUAUCAAUUCGGUCUUCAACGUCUAUUAAGAAUCAUGACUUUGUGGAUGAACAAACAUAUGAAGAGAAUUGUCUCGAGGGAUCUACAAGAAAUCGAUCAAAUUCGCACACCCCUUCUCUCUCAUCUCACCAUGGUUUAACAGGAACAUGUUGCUCAAGACGUAGCAAAAAGCCUUUCCGACUCCCAAAUUCCAAUAUUACUUGCAGUCGCCCUGGAAGUGUACAGGAGCUCAGUACCAUUCAGAUUCGAUGUGUACAGCAGAGUGCACUCUCCAAUAGCCGAUCCAGCUUGAAUGCAAACAUAGAAGAAAGUGUCAAACUAAAUUGUGAGAAAUCCUAUAUAACAACAGCAGUAAUAAGCAUGCCCAGUCCUCCUGCUACAACACCCGAAGGAGAUGACAGGUCUGACUCUCCAGAUCAAGCAGAAACCAACAUUGUAAAAGUGUCAGCACUGUAAAAAAUCCUAACAACUCAAAUGUGAGCCUGGAAAGUCAGAUGACCGAUCACCUGUGUUAUGUUCCUGCUAUUGAAGAAAUAGAAAAGAACAUCACAGACUGGAGAGCAAGAGGAGAACAUGAGUGUUUUCCCUGAUAGUUUUGCAUUGCGAAGUCCAUGGCAACAGUGAUCAUCACACUGAAGAUAUUUAUCAGUGAAGCUUGACAUCAAAAUUAUGUAACAUUGACAGUGAGAUGAGCAAAAAGAGGCAUCAUUAAGCUUGCAAAAGCUCUGCAAUGAUUACAUUGCAGUUGAGCACAAUGAGACAUUUCCACUUUUGCUACAUUUCCUGCCUGAAGGCUUGUUUUGUGAGAAAAGUACACAUGAACUGGAAAGUGUGCAUGAGGGAGAAAUAACAAAUGAAAUUUUCCUCUUUGCAGCAACAAUGAUUUCAGCAAAAAUAAAAUGAACUCAUUUAAGUUAUAAGUAACUGUAAAUAUUGGAUUGAAAACUAACAUAUUUUAAAUUAAACGAAUACCACAAAAUUGCAUGUUAAAUUUUCCUUGGGGCAAUCAAUACAUAACAUUCAUAUUUUUCAUGCAGUGAGCAUGUACAAUAUUUCACCAAAAUUGGGGCCUGUUUCUUAAGAGGAUGAUUAUAUGUGGAUGGUCACCAGUCACUAAAAGACUGUUUAGUUAAGAACAGAUGGAAAAACCAAUUGUUGUGAUGAGUUCUGGUUAUUAAUUUAUAUUAACCAUUUACAAUAAAGUAAAACCUUGAAAAUAAUAACCCUCAAAUUAAAAUUACUGAAUUGAGGCUUUCACAGCAAGACAAAGC